AUGGCGAGAAAUCUAAAAUUAGUUCAUGCGUUUCCAGAAAACCGAAGAUUACCUCCGGAGUUACGGCAGAAGGUUGAAGAGUACUUGAAUCUAGGAUGUAGUAACAAAAAAAUACGAUAUGAACUAUCGUCUAAAUAUAACAUCUUAGCUACAUCCAAAGAUAUCUCCAACAUCAGACAAUCUUUACGACCUGAGAAAAGUAAUGAUUUACCAACAUUUGUUAAUUUGUUGAAAACAAAAUACGGAUGCAGUACUAAAAUCAAAGUAACGGACGAUGGAAAUUUUCAAGCUUUAUUCUUUACAAAUACAGCUAUGCAGAAUUCAAUGAAAAAUUGGCCUGAAAUGCUAUUUAUUGACGGUACCUACAAGCUUUUUAAUUUAGGAUUUACAUUAUAUUUAAUAAUGAUCCAGACUGGAAGCGGUAGAGGGGAAAUUGUAGGUGCGGCAAUUUUAGCAUCUGAAACGUCGGACGUUAUGAAGUGGGUCGCUGAAACAUUUAAGGAAUUUAAUCGAGAAGCUUCCGCACAAACGAAAACAAUAAUGACGGAUAAAGACUUGACUGAGAGGUCUGCUUUUGCGGAAAGUUCUUUCGUAAAUGACUACGCUGAUUUAUUAGCUAAAACAGCUUUUGAUAAGUUUAAUGAAGAAUUGAAUAAAUAUGAUAGUGUCACCAUAACUAAAUAUUGCAACGAAACAAGAGCUUGUUAUUUGGAUGUAGAUGGCUAUCCAAUAAUGUCUUCCAUUACUGAAUGUCGCUGUCACUUCCGCAAAAGUUUCAAGCUUCCAUGUGUCCAUAUUUUAGUUACGAGAAAAUUUUUCAAUGAAAAUCAAUUUUGUUCUGAAUUAUGUGACUCAAAAUGGUUAAAAGCUACGAGUAUAAAUAAAUUUAAUCAAGAAUUUCAUGAAAUUUUGUUAGCUGAUACGAUUUUUAACAACCAAUCUACUAAUACGACGAUGACUACUGAUGAUUCUAUUAUUGCUACUGAUAUCAUUGAAGAAGAUGGUCUCAAAAUAACAUGUGAAGAAGAAAGAAAACAAAUUUUACAGAAAUAUUUUGAAAAAAUAAUGGGAAAUUCUUUAAAAGUCCCAGAGGAGGAGUUUAAACUAGUCCAGAAUCAAUUAGAAAAAAUAGCGUCAAAUGAUAAACAAAACGGACAUAACAAUACUGAUGAGAAAAUUGUAAUUUUGCCAGAAAAGAAAAUAUUGAGAGGACGACCUAAAUCGGCUAGAAAAACCACUACUGGAUUUUUUCCCCGUAAAAACAAAUAA